AUGGAACAUCUUCCAAGGGCUCUGACAAAUGAUGGCAGUGGGUCAUCGACGAAUACAGGCAUUAUUGGGCAUAUAGAAUCUGAGGGCAUGGCGCCUGCGCUGGCGGCGAAUGUUAGCGCAGGGUGGACUAAUCGGGUUGCGCAAAUGAGAGAUUUUGGCAUUGGAAAUGCGCCCAAGGGGUUCACGGCGCCAGGGAGUGCAGCCGAGCGCGACUCGCAGGCGGGUGCCCAGCCGCAGCAGGCGGCCAGCGCAGGGUUCAGGGUGACGCAGCCUUAUUUUCAGCAAGGAUACGGUGCGCCCUAUCAGCAGUCGCCAAUUGUGUUUGGGCCGGGUGCAGCUCAGACGCCCGCAUCCUAUGCGGCACCGUUCCACCAGCCAAAGUACGGUGAUUACACGGGGUACGUGCCGCAGGGGUUUUCAUACUCAUAUGGCGCGCCUGCGGUUGGCGUGCAUCGGUUGAGCGGUGCGCAGGGAUAUGCGCCGGCGUAUGGCUACGAACAGGGAGUGCAGGCGCAGGUGCAGGCGCAACAAGCGCAAGAGGCGCAGCGACAACAGGUGCAGGCGCAACAGCGUCAGCAUCAGCAAGCACAGCAAGCACAGCAAGCACAGCAAGCACAGCAAGCACAGCAAGCACAGCAAGCACAGCAAGCACAACAACAACAACAGCAUGCGCAACAAGUACAACAACAGGUUCACACUCAACAUCCUCAUGCGCAAGCACAGCGCCAGUUCAGCCGGCGCUCAUCGUACGCGUCGCAGGGCAGCCACGAAGACCCCAAAACAGACGACCCAGAUAAGCGCACCCGCAGAAAGCGCAAGAGGCCAGGCAGAAGGCGCAAGAGCGCAGCUGACGUCAGAAGGGCGGGCAUUGCGCCCAGAGGGAGUACGAGUCCAAGCCUGGGCACGGGGUCCGAGACAAAAGCAAAUCACAACGUCAACAGAACUCCGGAUUCGGAAAGUGCCAACACAAGAGCGAAUUUGAGCAUGAGUCCGAAUACGGAAGAUGGGACAAGCACAAGGAGCGAUGAGAACAAUACAGGCGGGAAAUUACAAAAAAAAGAAUCCCCUGAAACCGCGGGGGAUCCAAAAUUGUCCCCCACGGACCGCCGGACGAUGAUGUCUGUGAUCAGCUCGCACCGGGGCCGGCUCUCCGCGAAGAUGCGGCGGAACUACGAGCUGCGGGCCAGCAAAUACUCGAUGAACAACCAGCAGCACGGGGCUCUGCAGAGUUUCAAGAUUAGCCCGCGUGCGAAGACCCGACGGCGGCGGCGGCGUAAAAAGGGUGCUGCCGGGAACACGUAUUCGGCCGCAGACGUGCAGAGUUCCGCCGAGAGGCAGCGGAAGUUGGUGGAUUGCUUGUUGGAGGAGCAGGAUCGGCAGCGUGCGGAUAAAUCGACUAGGGUAAAUGCUGAAGGGGUCGACGAGAGAAAUGCCGAAGAGAUUAAUGAUGGAAAUGCUAAUGAUGAAAAUCUAGGAAAUGCUAAGAAUAUGAAUGAUGAAAAUUUAGGAAGUGCUAAGAAUAUGAAUAGUAAAGAAGAUAUAAUAGAAAGAAACAAAGUACAGGAAAUGAAAGAAGAAAGUGUCAAGGAUGACAGAAAUACAGAAAGCAUCAUUGAGGAAAGAAAUGCAGAGAAUCCAUAUCAGCAACCCAUUGAUGAAGAAAAUGUCAACGCAGUUAAUGCAGAGGAUGAUUCAAAAGACAUUGUUUUUCAGGCAGAAGCAGAUCCAGAAAAUCAAAAUGUGACAGAUGUGGGAGAUGAUGCCGGCAGGAGAAACAAAUUCAGCACUGUCGAAAGAGGAAAAUUCAAUGGGGCGAUAUUGGGGCAUGCAGAGGGCAUAGAGGAGCCCCCAAAAAAUACACAUGGAGGGCAAGGGACAAUUGCCGAAAGAGUAGUUGAUUGUGAGAAAAAUUACAAGUCGAAAAUUAGUGAAGACGAAAACGUAAAGCAUCAAGAAUCCCAUCACAGCACGGAAAGCGAUGCAAGUGCCCCUUUGAGUAAGGAACCGAAUUUCCGGAAAGAGGAGGGUGCAAAAAAUUUUGAGAAAAAAAUACGCGACGAGAAAAAUUUCCAUCAGCAUCGACAAGCCGGUGUUGCCGAAGUUCAACCGUAUGCCUCACCUGUAGCAUCGGUGAUUUCCCCUGCGGCCAACAUGCCGUAUCCAUACCGAAAUGAGGCUGCGGACACAACGGAGACAAUUGGAUCGGUGGCCGCCACAGUUGCUGCUUGGGGUCACGCCGAGUUGGCACGGGACCAGGGGCCCACCGCCGGGGUAUCCUUGCAGGUUCUGACACCGGAGCAGGAGAAGACGCUUCAGGGGACGAACAGUGGAAUUGUGAAGAUGCAUGGGGGAAGCGUGGGGGAUUUGGGGAAGGUACCAGGAAACGUAUCAGGAAACGCAGCAGAAAUCAGAGCAGCAACUUUGCCGAAAGCAAAUGCAGCAGCAAGAAUUUCAGGGGCACCAGGAAAUGCACAAGCAGCAAUUUCAGGGGCACCAGAAAAUGCACCAUCGAAAAUUCCAGGAGCGCCAGGAAAUACACCAGCAAGAAUCGCAGGCCCACGAAAUGCUGCAGCCGGUAUGCCGGGGAUGAUGCAAGAGCUCAUGAGAUCGGUGCCCCCAGAGGCGGUGCUCCCCGGUGUGCCGAACAUCCCUGCAGGGUACCUCCCCAUGUUGAUGUCGCCGCAAGGGUUCCUUGUCCCACUGCAAUACCGCCCAGUGAGCAUGCGGGGCGACGUAAUGCCCCUGGUACGCCCCGUGUGGACCGGCGGCUUGUUGGGAUACGGCGGAGACAACCAGGACACGGACCGGCCUACCCUCGAGGACGAAGUUGCCGUGGUGCUGACUCGGAUGCCGACAUUAUUCCCGACGGGAAAAAGGGCAAAACUAACAAAGACGAGAAAAUCCCCUCUUUCGCGCAGGGAUCGUCUUGCGGCUACGCGCGUGUGCAUCAUGUCGCACGAAAGCUUUGAGCGUGCGCACCGCCGGAAGACGUUUGCGGACAUCGGCAGCGGACCCGCGCUCCUGCGCCAGGGCAGUUCUGUGGUGCACUACCUUGCGCUUGAGAACAGCCUCCAGGCGCCGGCGCAAGCCGUCCACGCAUACCGCGACAGGAAGCGCCACCUUGAGCGCAUGUUGCACGCGCUCGACGGCGACCUCUGCGACCCAGAAAGUAACACAUUACUACAUGGACUAGAAAGAGACACCAGAGAGCGCAGAGACUACGACUUGGUGCGCGAAGAUACCUUUGCCAAGUACCUAAAAGAGCAAAUAUUGCUACAUGCGCUGGACCGCGGCCUUGAACUGCGCGCCCAGAUUGCGCUCGAUUACACCUCGCGCCUCCUCAAAUUGAAGAAGUACUUGCUACGCAGCCGCCACGCAUUUACAUCGUGCAAGGACCAACUUUUCUACGUGAACUCGUCGAAGUCCGAGCGGCUCUGGCGCAGCUUUCUCGAGAGGCAGCGGGCGCGGCUUGCGUCGGGUGUGCAGAGCGCAGGGGGUGUGCAGUGUGUGCGCAGUGCGAUAGAAGAUGCGCAUGGCGUCCAAAGCGCGGCGGACUCGCGCUACACCAGGGGCCGCCGCAGGCGCCGCAUGUACAUGGCGUUCCCCGGCGGGCGCAACGACGAGGACAGCGCAGGCGCAGGUGCAGGCGCGGGGGGUGCGGACAGUAGCGCAGUGCGCGACAGCGGCUCCGACUCCGCCACAUCCGUUUCCAGCCGCGUGGCAGGCGCCGCGGCUACAGCGCGCACAGCCGGGAUCGGAAGAACGGGCAGUCACGUAAUCAGCAAGAAAUCGCUACUCACCGACGAGCUGAUGCCGAUUAUAGGAGCAGAGGAUUUCCUCGAGCUUACCAAAGACAAGUCGAAACUCUAUGAUUCAUACAUUAUGCACAGCCCGUACCCUGAAGUGGCAGACCAGUCGGAUAUUGUUGCACUUAUUGAAUUUUUCAAGUGUAAGUCCACGCUAGGCGAUCUUUUCGACUUGCUGCAGCCUGCAGACCACCGCAAGCCCGGUCCCAGGUCCGGGUUAAAGGCAAACGCGAAAAAUCCAGAGGAAAACGACCCAUACUCGAGAUUUUAUCCAACAAGAGACUCUUCUCCGGCAGUUUCAGACGGAUUAUUCCACCGGCAUACCCGCACGGGUGGCCUCAACAUCACGAGCUCGCUCGACGCGUCGCUUUCGGACGAAGACCGCGUGAGAUGGCUUGUUUUGGACGAAAAGCAGAUCCGCACUAAGUUUACAAAGGCUUACAAGAGGUUGGUUGGACUUUCCAACGAGGAAAUAGAUCAUGAUAUUUGCAUUCUGUAUCCGGACCUCGAAAAGAACGCUUCAUGA